AACCUAAAUGUCCAUUCCCUGCUUAGCAAGAAAGUUUGACAGAUUGUAAACCUUGUGCAGUCAUCAAGUGGGCAAGUAGGUACAAUAAAUUAGGAUAUGCCUCUUUUUAUGUAGUGCUAAUGAGUGUUUCACUUCAUAACCCAUCUUUAGACAGCAGCAUCCAUGGCUAUUCCCUUGCUUUUUCUAGUUUUUGUCAUGAAAUCCUGCUUUGUAGCCAGCCUUUAUCACCCCCUAGACCCUCUCAGUCCAGAUGAAAUCAACCAAGUAAGGCUCAUUGUUCAAGAGUCAAGGCUUGGACAUUUUCCUAAUCUAACAUUCCAUUUUGCUGAUGUUGAAGAACCCGACAAAGAAGAUGUUCUCAAGUGUCUAUCCUCAUCUAAGCCAAAUAAAUUCAUUCCUCGUCGAUCCAUGGUAGUUGUUCGAGCAAGGGGUGAGACUCAUAAGCUGGUUCUGGACUUGGCCACAGGCUCCAUCAUAUCAGACGAUGUCUAUACUGGUCAUGGGUACCCUCCUCUCACUUUUAAUGAGCUUUUCCAAGCUAGCAAACUGCCUUUGAAGUAUCCAAAAUUCAUUCAAUCCGUAACAAAAAGGGGCUUAAAUUUAUCCGAGGUUUCCUGCGUACCUUUCACUGUUGGUUGGUAUGGCGAACACAUUACAAAACGUGCAGUUAGAGUUGCAUGCUUCUACAGAGGAGGAUCGAUUAAUGUAUUUGCAAGGCCUAUUGAGGGAAUUAGUAUCCUAGUUGAUGUUGAUUCUAUGCAGAUUACUGCAUACAUUGACAGAUUUAGAGCCCCUUUGCCUAAAGCUGAAGGUACUGAUUUUCGCUCCAGGGCAAAGCCUAAAUCUAUCUUUUAUAAUGUAUCAGAUAGUGGGUUCAAGAUUGAUGGCCACAGGGUUAGAUGGGCUAAUUGGGAUCUUCAUAUAGCAUUUGAUGCCCGGGCAGGAAUAGUUAUAUCAACAGCCUCUAUAUUUGAUGCAAAAAUGAAGAAAUUUCGUCCUGUCCUAUAUAGAGGUCAUGUGUCUGAGACAUUCGUUCCAUAUAUGGAUCCUACAAGUGAAUGGUAUUUUAGGACUUUUAUGGACGUAGGCGAAUUCGGAUUUGGGAGAGCUGCUGACACCCUCCAGCCGCUGGUGGACUGUCCAGCCAAUGCAGCUUAUUUAGAUGGAUAUGUGGUAGGAGCAGAUGGACAAGCACAGAAGAUGUCCAGUGUGAUUUGCAUUUUUGAGAGAUAUGGUGGUGAUGUAGCAAUGAGACACAAAGAAAUUAAUGUUCCUGGGAAAGUGAUACAGACUGGAGAGCCAGAAAUCAGCUUGGUGGUAAGAAUGGUAGCUACAGUGGGAAACUACGAUUAUAUUCUUGAUUGGGAGUUCAAGAAAAGUGGUUCCAUCAAAGUUGGAGUGGCUCUAACAGGUAUAUUGGAGAUGAAGGCCACGUCAUACAUAAAUAACGAUCAAAUAAAUAUAAAUGUAUACGGUACCUUAAUAACAGAGAACGCCGUCGCCGUCAACCACGAUCACUUUCUCACGUACUACCUUGAUCUCGAUGUUGACGGCAACCAUAACUCAUUCGUCAAAGCCAAACAACUAACAGCAAAACUACCACCCUUUAACGCCCAAUCACCAAGAAAGAGUUAUUGGACGGUUGUUAGAGAAACAGUCAAAACUGAAGCUGAGGCUAGGAUACACCUUGGUUUGAAGCCAACUGAGCUACUGAUUGUGAAUUCAGAUAAGAAGACCCGACUCGGAAAUCAAGUGGGUUACCGGUUAAUUUCUGGACAACCUGUUAAUUCUCUUCUCUCUACUGAUGAUUAUCCCCAAAUUAGGGCUGCUUAUACGAAAUACCAAGUGUGGGUGACUCCCUAUAACAAAUCCGAGAGAUGGGCCGGUGGCUUUUACGCCGACCGGAGCCAUGGAGAUGAUGGCUUAGCGGUGUGGAGCCACAGGAAUAGAGUAAUUGAGAACAGAGAUAUAGUUGUAUGGUACACUGUAGGGUUCCACCACAGUCCAUGCCAAGAAGAUUUCCCAAUGAUGCCCACACUUCAUGAUGGAUUUGAGCUUCGACCUGCGAAUUUUUUCGAAAGUAACCCAUUGCUUGAGCAAGAUUAACUGAUCACAAAUUCAACAUCUACGAUACAGGCAAGAACAUGCUAACUAUGGAAUUGUUUGUCAGUAUUCAAUAGGUGAAUUUCUUUCCAAUGACAUGCUUGUACAAAAACUUAUGUUGCCAGUGGAUGAAACAUGAUCUGCAGAAAUUGAUGAAUAUUUAAUAAUGAUAUUGUGCUUGAUCGUAAUUAAACUUUAUCAUUCUCCCCUGCCCCAGAGAAAAAAAAAAUCAUUGCUAAAUUUGCUAUCUCAA